CUGAGGCAGCUUUUUGGGAGUGCUGUGCCUGCUUUCCCCCCAAAGUUUUACCUGGGAAUGACCAAGUCAAUGGCAGAAGAGAGAUGGUCUCAGCUGGAGCAGUACCUUCAGAAUGUUACUUUGGACUCAAAUAUUACCAAUAGUGAUGUCUUCACAGGCUUUUUCCGAAAGCUACAGCAGGAUACAUUUAAGAUACAAACACAGGGAGCCUUUUUGGAUGUUUACCUUGCUGAUGGCAGCAAUAUUAGACUCGAUAUCCAGACAUCGGACACUGCAGAAAGAAUACUAGAGGUUACAUUGUGCAAGAUGGGACUGUCAAGAGACUUAAUAAAAUAUUUUAGCUUAUUUUUCUUUCAAGAUCAUGAGGAUGGAGCGCUCUCUGUGGUGAAAAAAGUGGCAGAAUUUGAACUUCCUUAUGUGAGUCUUCAGAGCAUGAAAGAGUUCCACUGUAAGCUUGGGAUCAGAAAGUGGUAUAUGGAUCCUUCUCUUGACACGCUGCUGAUGGACUGUAGCGCUUCACUGAAUUUGCUAUAUAUGCAGGCAAUCCAGGAAGUUAAGAGGAAUUGGGUUAAACCAACAGAAGGGCAGAUGCAGGAACUUGAAUUUCUACAAAAAAAUGCAAACAAAGCAAAGUUCCUGGAGCUGAUUCGAGAAAUGCAAUUCUAUGGAUACAUACAGCUUGAUCCUUGCAUUUGUGACUAUCCAGAAGAAGGCUGCUCAGCUGACAUCUGUGUUGGCAAUAAUGAGAUCAACUGCUGCAUAAAACUACCUACUAACCAAACCAAAGAGGUCAGCUUUAAAAUCAACAGGUUAAGAAGCUGGCAGGUUACUUCACUUGGGGCUACAAAGGAUGGUGAAGAAGAUACUCUGGAGCUCAGAUUUGAGUACAAUGAUUCAGGCACGUGGCAGUGGAUAACUUUGUACACAAAACAGGCCUUUUUGCUCAGUAGCUGCUUGAAGAAAACGAUAUCAGAACAGAUGAUGAAGGCAGCCAAAGAAGGCCAAGAAAUGGAGAUCAAGAAGCCUGGAUCCAUGGAAAAUAGGAAGAAAUCCAACAUGCAACAAAAGCAGAUCGCCUGCUUAUACCUGCCAGAUGAUGUGGUGUUGGUAGUUCAUUCGGGUUUUAUAACAAGGAGAAGAUUUUUGGUUAGGCCAAAUGAAGAUGACUCUGUAUUUGAGAAGAUAAGAGAAGAGGACCUGUGA